CCGACCCGGUAGACGCGCACACACGACCGACAACCAUGUCCGCGUACGACUGGCAUCCGCACCAGCAGCAGCAGCAGCAGCAGCCGCAGCCGCAACAGCAGUUUGUCGUCGACGAAACUCAUCUACACGAAGGCAAAGGCGCCAGCAAAAGGUCCAGACAAACUUACUCGAAAUACCAGACGGCCGUGCUGGAGACGGUGUUCCAGACUUCCAGGUAUAUCGUGCGGAACAAGAGACAGCAGAUGUCGGCCGAACUGAGCCUGACCGAGCGGCAAAUAAAGAUAUGGUUCCAGAACAGGCGGAUGAAGGAGAAGAAAUGCCACAAGGAAGCGCCGCGGAUCGUCGUCGACCGGCAAAUGCCUCAGCUGAGGGGCGAGAGAUGUCCACCUGGGACAUUGGCUGUCGGUUAUGCCGAAGACUAUUGCAGCAACGUAGUCGAUCCGGCCGAUGACCCGCGGGAAGAAGACGCUUUCGUCAGUGGUUACCAAACUGCAGUGACCAAACACCGACCGGACGACGGCGUCGGUUACUCCGUGUACGGUGGAUACGAUUUGCUGACCGCACCCGAUCCGUACGACCAACGUGUGGCAAAACAACAAUGUUGGCCUGSUCCCGUCGACUUCCAUCAAGACUUGUACGGCGACCACGAUUCAAGUCAUUUUCAAAGAUUGCCGACGACUCAUCACCACUAUCCGUUGAAUUCACAAGUACAAGACUACUGUUCRCCACAGCUGCAAGCUGCGCAUGGUUAUUGACGGCGGUCACUAUAUUCUUCAAAACGAUUGUAAUWAUAUUAGGUGUGCGCAGUUCGUCCCGCCUGUAUAAUAUUAUAAUAUUCAUUAUUCCAUAAUAUCUUUCGACUGGUGCAUGGUGAUAAAAUUCUAGUCAAUUCAGAAAAAGGUGCUGUCCAGCUGAUGAACAAUCGUCGGGUGUCGCGUAAUAGGGCCAAUCAUAAUAAUAUUAUCACAGCAUCAUGAUAAAAUACACUAAAACUCCGUCAGAAUAUUACGCACCCUUUCGGAUCAGACCACCCACACGCAGUCACCAAAUGAUGCUGCAGCUACCUAGCUACUACACAUAUACGUGGACCUAAUCCAAUCUGACACGUUAAAUGUGAACCAUUCAUUAUUAUUAUUAUUAUUAUUAUUAUCCUUUUUUUUUACAUACAAAUGAAAUUAUAAUCAAAAUUAUAAUAUAUCGUACGUUAAUAAUAUUAUUAUUAUAAGUAUAUUUCAACAUAGUUUAUGUAUAUUGUGCAUGUAUGCCUCUAUG